AGAAUCAGGCAAAAUCAUGUGACUUGUUGCUGUGGAUACGUUGGUGGAAGAAUCUAACUCACGUUUCAAACAAGUUCAUUUGAGUAAUCUAGAUACCAUGUCAGUCUCCACAGUUCCAGUUUGUUGGACGCAAGCUGCUUAUCAGUAACGUUAGCUGGACGACUUUCACCACAUGAAAGAGUACCAAGAUAGGCCAGCUGUAAGUUAGUAACUUUACCAUGUUGCAGACGGAGGGAGUUCAGCUGCUCUGCCUGACAGCUUCCAGUGGGGUGCCGCUCUUCUCCCGCGGCUCAUCUAAACAGCUUCCCUUCUCCGUCAUUGGAUCACUGAACGGUGUCCACAUGUUUGGUGCUGGACAGAGUGCUCUACUUUCGUGCUGUGAGACAGAUCGUGGCGACCGAGUAGUUUGGAGAGUUUUUCGAGACAGCGUGAUGCUCAUUGCGGUCUGCAGUGGCGGAGACGGCACCUUCACAGAGCUCCAGUUGUGCCGCCUACUGGAGAAUACUUGGAACUGCAUGGUGUUGAUACUAGGCCAGGAGGAACUGUCCAAUGUUCGCAAUGUGGAGCGCCUGAAAAGGGACUUACGUUCUUGUUAUCGCCUCAUUGACCGACUGCUGGACCGAGGAGAUGAAAGUGUCAUGGGUGACCUGACUCACUGUGCUGACUGUCUCCUGCCCCCAAACACCAGUCUGCUUCAGGAUGCCCUUGAUGCCUUCACUCAAGCUUCAGACAGUGAAUUUGGCUGCCUGUUGAUCCGUGGUCGUGUUGCCGUGGCCACUGAGAAGUGGUGGCGUCUUGUCUCUCAGGAGGUAAUGCUCUUAUCACUGCUGGUAUGCUGCCUGUCGGGAACUGCCUCGUGUGACUACCCUGUGUUCCUCCCAGUGGGCAGCCCUACAGUGGCUCACCGGCUCCUUCGCUUCCAGCUUCUACAGGGGGUGGACGUGUGCACGCUGUGCGGCCCGGCCCCGUCGCUUCACCACGCGGAGACUGAGCUCGUGGGACGCUUCUGGUCUCCCCUGCUGGAGACACUCCACGGCUGCCUGGAGCAAACCCUGCACAGCCCUGUCCCAUCCGUCGCCCUGCAUCCAGACAUCCUGGCUCUGUUGCUGAUCAACCGCGAGAGCAGCCAGUCUCUGUCCAUCCCUGGUCGCCCCACUGCCUUGACCCAUCAGGACGGCCCCCCUGUGCCCUCUGUUCUGCGGCGCUGGGAGCUGCUGCGGCUCUUCUACACGUUUGCCGUCACGCGCUACUUCACCUCUGGAGAGGUGGCCACAGCACCAGCAGCAGCAGAGCCCCUGCAGGAGGACUUCUCCCAGGGCUUCUGCCACGUGCCCCUGCACUGCUACCUGGUGACAGACGAGUGCAAGUGCUAUGGGCUCCAGACGCCCCAGCAUCAGCUCUUCCUGUUGGCCUCGCUCGCCAUGCCCACCUUUGCACUGCGCUCCACCGCCACCCAGACUCUUACCUCAAUAACAGCAGCCACAGGCUUCUGAGGAGCUCUUCAUAUGCUGAAUGGGCAGAUUUCUGGUGUCUGAAUGUGACUGAGGGUUACCGUGUCAGCUGCACAAUGUGUCCUCUGUGGGUCCUACUACACUACACCCACACUCAUGGUAGUAAGCUCAAGGACAAUCUGUUCAGCUGCAUUCUUAAAAUGCAGUCUCAAGACCUCAAACAAGUAGGAAGUAAGGCACCAGGAGUUUACAACACUGAAUAAUGGACGAGGCCUCAGAUGUUUUGCUGCUAUUGUCAUGGUUUAAUUUAUGAUAUCUUCUGAUUUACAGUUAAAAGUUAGGUUUUAGCAUUAAUUCAUGACCUUUCAGGGACUGUAUGGACUGCACUUUCCUAUCACUAUACGAAAGACAUAGGUGCUGGUGGCACCAUCACUUUGUCUGAGUCAUUUUGAUGAACUGUUGUUUAUUGAAGUCAGUGAUUAUUAACCCACCUGUGUUUAAGUAACGUGAAAAUGUGACACUAAACAGCAAUUUGUGAAGACACUUCUACAUCAUGAAACUACUGUAUACAAAAACUAUUAUUUGCUCUUGAGCACUCAAAACACUACUAGAAGGGUAAGGAUAUGCUACUGGUUGGUGUGUUUUAAGGGUACCUCAAAGAAAGCAAUUGUUCAGUUAAUGAAUAAACUAUGAACGUGCAUCUCAUGGGACAAUGCAUCUCAUGGGAUAGUUUGGUGGAGCUUAAUAAGCUUAGUAAUAUUGGAAUCCACGUACCCCAAUACUGUAUACGCAGUAUGUCGUUUUGUGUACUUUCUUCAUUGUGAACAACUGAAUCUUUUAAAAAAGGAAAAUACACCUGAAUUGUUUACCAAA